ACAUAGAAGUCUCCCAUGGCUCCUUAUCACAUCCGCAAAUACCAGGAGAGUGACCACAAAAGGGUCCUGGCCCUGUUCUCCAGUGGGAUGACUGAGCAUAUCCCUACGACCUUCCACUACAUGCUGAGGCAGCCACCAGUUAUCCUGUUCUUACUUGUGGUAUCCCUCACUGUAUUUCUGCUUACUGACUCCUGGCUCCUUAUGAUGGUGUCCAGCUUUACUCUCCUGGCUUUCCUGUGGUUCCUUGCUAUAUACACCUGGAGGAAGUAUAUGGCCAUGUGUUUUCACACAGACCUGGCUGACAUCACCAGAUCUUACAUGAAUGCAUAUGGAUCCUGCUUCUGGGUGGCUGAGUCUGGGGGCCAGGUGGUGGGCAUAGUAGGGGCUCUUCCAGUCAAGAAUUCCCCCUUGCAGAAGCAGUUGCGGCUAUGUCAUCUCUCUGUGGCUUUGGAGCACCGACAUAAGGGGACAGGGAAAGCCCUGGUGAGGACAGUGCUCCAGUUUGCAGAGGCCCAGGGCUACGAUGAAGUUGUCCUUAGUGUCAGUAUACUGCAGUAUGCUGCCCUGUCUCUGUACCAGUGGAUGGGCUUCCAGAAGACAGGCCAUUCCUUCUUCUCCAGGAUUUCAAGGCUGAGGAAUACUCCUGUGAUUCAUUUAAUGUACCGCCUCCCUUGUGCUCAGGAAAGGGGCCUAUGA